UACACACUUCAUCUGAAAUGGACUAUUCAUUAUAUUGCUAAAUUCGUUUUCGAAAUAUUAAAACAAACAAAAAAAGGUUUUUAAAAUAUUGUUGUGAAAAGUAUACAGUGAUUGUUUAUAUAUUCUUGAGCAUCGAAAAAAGUUCUGUCAGUAAAUUAUGGGGAUGAUUUCAAGAGUGCGCGGGCGCAUUAGAAGUGAUUCGUUCACAAAAAUUCACACACUCAAAUCAGAGGACAAAAUUGCGAAUAUUGUAUGGCUUCUUUCACUUGUUUUCCUGUUGCCAUUUUGGGCUCCACGAGGAUUACUGGUUGCACUUGGAGGCGCAUGGCUGAUGGCAGCGUAUACAUGUUUAGUUGUUCCUGUACUAAUAUCAGCGAACUACCGGUAUCCAGCCAGAUGGUAUCCAGCGGUAGCGAAAAUAGUCCGAAGAGUAGCCAGAAAGCUGCGCCCAUAUUUUGACUGUGCCAAGAAUGUUUUAAGGGUGGCGUAUGCACCACUAGAACGUACAGAGAAAUUAUUUUUACAGAUGAACAAUCUCUCAACUAUGAUGUGUCAGUUGCUGAUGUUCACAGCUUGUGAUCGACUAUUUCUCUCACAAGCAAAACUAACCAGUCUGUAUUCCUUGAUGUUCUAUAACGUGGUCACUUAUUCAGUUAGCUACAUUCGUGAGAUCUGCACGAAGGAAGACUGGUCGCCGUUUGUAAACGUAACACGACAUUCCCAAGUAAAGCACCUCGCGAUGUCUGCGACUAAAAUUGUCCUCGAAUGGACGAAAGCCAUCACAUUCAUAGUGACAAUCACUUUUAUACUCCUUGCCUUUGGAUUAGAACAAGGCUUGGAGCACUAUCGGCCGACGGCACUGUACACCGUGACUACCGGCAUCUAUUACUUGUUAUCAGAGAGAACGUUUUUAGAAUUGUGGCCGAUUGCUAUUUCGGCGCUAAAGCUAGAAAGACUAGAAGGCAUGGAGACAUUGUACUUCGGAGUUUGGGCGCGGGGUGUGACUACAGCGUUGGCCGUGCCUCUAGUGCCAGCUUUGGCCUGGUGUGGCCGUUGGCGAUUGGCUAUAUUGGUGCUGUACCUGUGUGUAUUCGUUCACGGCAGACAUCGUCUCGGAGAAGCGCUGAUAAAGUUGAAUGAAGCUAGAGGGUCCCUGGCGAAAUUCAGACGUGCAACUUCACAGGAGCUGGCCACUUUGGAAGACGUUUGCGCCGUGUGCCUAGGUGCCAUGAGGUCUGCACGAGUCACGCCUUGCGCUCACUAUUUCCACGCUGACUGCUUGAGAAGAUGCCUUGCCGCUUCGGAUAGAUGCCCCAUUUGUGUCAGACCUUAUGUAUUUUGCUGAUAGUUGUUUAUUUUUCGGUGUCUAAGACUAUUUUGUCAAGAAGUACAUAUAACUUCAUACAAAUCUUGAGGUGAUUUUGUUUGAAAUCAACUUUGAUGUGACGACCAGUGCGAAGCGUAGAACAAAUCGAUCAUUUGUGUUUAAAUUCGAGAUCACGAAUUAUACAUAUUAUGUUCAUAAUUUAAAUAAUAUUCAUAUCGAAUAAUAUCUAAUGAAUAAUAUGUGAGUAUAUAUUCACAUAUUUUAUAAGUAUUAACGAACGCUUUACAUUUAUUUACCCAUUAAUUAUUAUAUUUACACCAGAGAAAAUAUUCACGCAUACUUUCGAAACGCACGUGCUUAGUUUAAGAUAAAUUGUAACAACAAACUACUUUUUUAAAUCCCAUUUCACUAAUUGGGUCCAAGUUUGUACUUUGGAUUUU